AUGGCGCCUACAAAGGACCCUAAAACGGCGAAGCGCAAGCUGCUUGACGAUUCCGACUCCGAUUCUGAUAAUGGCGGGGGUGUCGAGUCUGGCUUUCAAGUAAACGAGGAGUUCGCUCGUCGCUUUGAACACAAUAAAAAGAGAGAGGAAAGACAAAGACUGGAAGAGAAAUUUAAGAACGACGAAGAGGAUGACGAAGAUUCCUCCGAAGAUGAAAGCGAAGACGAUAACGGCUUCCUCGCAACUGAAGACCUUGACGCUCAAAUUUCCGCCACUCUUCAAGCCAUCAAAAACAAGGAUCCUCGAGUCUACGACAAAAACCAAACCUUUUAUAAACCCGACGACGAGACCGACAACACCAAGAAGGACAAAAAGGAGAAGCCCGUCUAUCUCCGCGACUACCACCGAGAGAAACUCCUGCGAGGAGACACUGGAGCGGAUGAUGAAGACGAGCAGCCUCAAACAUAUCAACAAGAGCAAGACACAGCCAGGAAGGAUUUCAUUUCUGGAGUAAAGGAUGCGGAGGAGGGAAGCGGCUCGGACUCGGACGAUGCGUUUGUGAUUAAGAAAAAGUCGGGAGAUGCGCUAGCCAAGACAUCCAACGGAGUACACCCCUCUAGAGCGACCAAGAUCAAAAUCUCCGGAGUUGAUGUCGAACAUGCCCAGAAGGACCCGGAGACUUUCCUGUCCAACUUCAUGGCUGCCAGAGCCUGGGUUGAAGAUGAAGGUGGACGGUGGAAAGCCUUUGAGUCUGACGAUGGCGAGGAUGACGACGGCGCGGACGAGUUCGAGCAGGCCUACAACAUGCGCUUCGAGGACCCCGAAAAGAGCAAGGAGGUUUUGCGGUCGUACGCCCGUGACGUUACCAACUCGCGCUCCGUGCGCCGCGAGGAGGUGACCGGUCGCAAGCGCCAGCGCGAGCUGGAGCGCGAGCGCAAGGAGGCCGAGAAGAAGGAGCGCAGCGAGGAGAAGGCGCGCCUGCGCAAACUGAAGCUCGAGGAGGCCGAGCAGAAGCUGCGCAAGAUCCGGCACGCCGCCGGCGCCGUCGGCCAGGAGCUCUCGGACGCCGAGUGGAUGAGCUUCCUGGACGGCGCGUGGGAGAACGAUGACUGGGAGGCGGAGAUGCAGAAGCGCUUCGGCGACGACUACUACGCCGUGGAGGACGACGCCGCCGCGGGUGCUUCCGACGACGAGGCGGCAGCAGCGUCGUCAUCUCGGAAGAGCAAGCCCAAGAAGCCGAAGUGGGACGACGACAUCGACAUCAACGACAUCGUGCCCGAAUUUGAGGACGAAGAAGCCAAGGCUAAGUUCGCCUUGAGCGACGUCGAAGAGGAGGAGGCAGCAGAAGACGAGGCCGCGGACGAGGACGAUGAUGCCGUGCCCGCCAAGAAGAAGCGCAAGACAGCCGACAUCAAGAAAGACCGCAUCUCCGCCCAGAAGAAGUCCAAGAAGGAGCGCGCCCAGCUCGAGGCCCUCGUCGACUCCAAGAUGGAACUCACCGAGCACCGGCUCCUCCACGCCGCCUCCAGCUCCUCCGCCCAGCCGCAGCAGCAGCCGUUCCGGUACCGCGAGACCUCGCCACAGGCGUUCGGCAUGACCGCGCGCGACAUCCUGCUCGCCCCCUCCGACGCCGCGCUCAACGAGUUCGCCGGCCUCAAGAAGCUCGCGGCCUUCCGCGACGAGGACAAGAAGCGGCGCGACCGCAAGCGUCUCGGCAAGAAGGCGCGGCUGCGCCAGUGGCGCACCGACACGUUCGGCCGCGACUACGAGCGCACGGGCCCGACGUUUGGCUUCGAGCGGUACGCGGAGGAGGACAAGGAGGGCGGCGGUCAUGAGGAGGGGGAGCAGGUGCAGCGGAGGAGGACAAGGGAGGACAAGAAGGGCAAGGCGGCGGGCGCCGGCGGUAAGGGCGAGAAGACGGAGGAGGGUGCCGGUGGCGGCGAGCAACCGGCCAAGAAGAAGCGGAAGCGGUCCAAGGGCAAAAAGUCGGCCGAGGUGGAGGCGUAA